AUGGCCCUGAGCGCGGCGGCCGCCCCCGCCGCCGAGCCGCUGCCCCGCAGCAUCUUCAAGAAGUUCCUGGUGAUGCUCUGCUCGCUCCUCAUGUCCCUCUACGUCUUCUACUGCCUGGCCGACCGCUGCCAGACGCUGCCCGGACCCAUCAUCGCCGCCGGUGCCGCCGCGUCGGAGGAGGACGAGGGCGGCGGCGGGGAGUUCCUGGGCGGCUCGGCCGAGCUGCCCCCCUGGCAGGCGGCGGCGGCGCGGCGCAAGCGGCUCCUGCAGCGCCUCAAGCAGCGGCGGCGGCGGCAGGAGGCGGCUCCGGGCGCCGAGGAGCCGGCCGGGGGCGGCGGGAGCCGGGCCGGGGGCUCGGGCGGCGGGGCGGGCACGGCCGGCACCCUGGCGCUGCUGCUGGGCGAGGGCAGCAAGCGGCUGCCGCAGGCCAUCAUCAUCGGAGUGAAGAAGGGCGGGACGCGGGCGCUGCUGGAGUUCCUGCGGGUGCACCCCGACGUGCGCGCCGUGGGCGCCGAGCCGCACUUCUUCGACCGCAACUACGAGCGGGGACUCGCCUGGUACAGGGAGCUGAUGCCCAGGACCCUGGAGGGGCAGAUCACCAUGGAGAAGACCCCCAGCUACUUUGUCACCAAGGAGGCCCCAGCCCGCAUCUCCUCCAUGAGCAAGGGCACCAAGCUGAUCGUGGUGGUGCGCGACCCCGUCACCAGAGCCAUCUCGGACUACACCCAGACCCUCUCCAAGAAGCCUGACAUCCCCACCUUUGAGAGCCUGACCUUCAAAAACAGGACUACAGGCCUCAUAGACACCUCGUGGAGCGCCAUCCAGAUCGGCAUCUACGCCAAGCACCUGGAGAACUGGCUGCUGCACUUCCCCAUUGGGCAGAUCCUCUUUGUCAGUGGGGAGAGGCUCAUCAGGGACCCCGCGGGGGAGCUGGGCAGGGUCCAGGACUUUCUGGGCCUCAAGAGGAUCAUCACGGACAAACACUUCUACUUCAACAAAACCAAGGGCUUCCCGUGCCUGAAGAAGGCGGAGGGCAGCAGCAAACCCCACUGCCUGGGCAAGACCAAGGGCAGGACCCACCCUGACAUCGACCAGGACGUGGUGCAGAGGCUGAGGGACUUCUACAGGCCCUUCAACAUGAAGUUCUACCAGAUGACAGGGCAGGACUUCGGCUGGGACUGAGGCUGAAAGAAAUAAUUUAAGAAAAGGAAAAUAUAAUAUAAUAUAUAUCUAUUUUUUUUACCUAUCA